AUGGCUCCUCAACUAGUCUCUCGUAAAUCGUUCGAGGCAUCAAAUGGCCACACAUAUUCUUACAUCCACACAGCCGCCACAACGACUUCAAAGCCGACUCUCCUCUUCCUCCACGGCUUCCCAUCGCAUAUUGCGGAUUGGAAAUACCAAAUCGAUCACUUCACUUCGCUUGGUUACGGUACUUUAGCCUGUGAUCUCCUCGGUUUUGGCCAAAGCAGCAAGCCCAAGGAUCCCUCGAGCUACCGCCCGAAAUCAAUGGCUGAUGAAAUAACCCGCUUGCUAGACGCACUGGGCUUGGACAAAGUCAUUGGUAUUGGGCAUGAUAUCGGUUCCACGCUUUUGUCUCGCUUUGCGGCUUACCACCAAGAUAGAUUCCUAGCAGUCAUCUUUCUCGCAGUCGGGCCACCAAAACUAGGCACUCCCUUCAACCUCGACUUCAUCAACAACAUGACCAAGCAGGCCAUGGGAUUCGAACUCUUGGGAUACAUAAACUGGCUGAGCACAUAUGACGAAAAGGUCCAAGGCAUAUUAGAGAAGAACACUUCGAGCGCCAUGAGCCUAUUAUUCGCCCGUGAUCGUCAAGCAUGGAAGGAAUGGUUCCAUCCGCUGAACAUGAUGGAGCAAUUCGUUACCCAAGACAAACGCGUUCCCAUUGGGGAAUGGUACACCGAGGACUUGCAAAGGCAGCAUCUAGAAGACUUCCACAAAGAGGGUGGAUAUACUGGCUCUACAAGAUGGUAUCGCAUGUGGCGCGAUAAUUUGUUUGCGCCCGAUGAGAAGGGCUUCGAGCAGGUUACUCUGACACAGCCGAGUCUCUUCGUCGCACCUCAAGGGGCAGAGCUACAAGAGCAAAUGCUGAGGGAGUGGGCGCCGCAAUUGACGGUUGAGUAUGUCGAUUCGGGACAUUGGGUUCAUCUAGAAAGAGCAUCAGAGACAAAUGCAGCGAUAGAAAGGUUUUUGAGCACAUGUAACUUGGGUUGUGCAACAUAG